AUGUACUGUUUAAUCCUUCUUGCAUUCGUAGCGUCGGCUUCUGCCAACGUCUACAACGUACAAUGCCCUCUCGUCAAACCUGUGGAGAACUUCAACUUGGAAGCUUACGGAAAUGGAGUCUGGUACGAGAUAGCGAAGUACUCCAAUGAGGCUGAGAAGGGAGGUCAGUGCGGUUCCACGGAAUACCAUCUCCAGGGUGACACAUUCCAAGUGAGAAGCUACCACGUCGCCAAUGGCAGGCUGGCAUCCAUUGACGGAAGUGCCAGGCUCGCAAUCCCCAGUGCCAACGAAGGAAAACUGGUGUUCACACUCCCAUACGGUGUCGGAGGUGCUCUCAACGAAUACACAGCUUGGGUUCUGGAUACCGACUAUGAGAACUACGCCAUUGUCUAUCACUGCAGAUACAACCACGAGAAGAAAACCCGUCAAGACCUUGCCUGGAUUCUCUCAAGGACCAAGACUUUGGACGCCGUGUCAAAGGCAAAGAUUGAACGCUUCAUAAGCGAAUGCAAGUUCCUUGACAGCAGCAGAUUCGUAUACACCGACUUCUCGGAAGCGGCAUGCAAAGUGCAGUACUAA